UUGCCUUCUGCUGUUCUGAUUGGCUAUCACUGCAUAGGAAAGAAGAUCAGCGGAUUGUGUGAGUAACGCUUAUUUCAUCAUCAUUCCUCAUGGAAAACAUCUCGGCUUCGAACCUGAACUCCACCGCCUCCGGGUGGCGCCGUCCGCUGUGGUACCAGUACGAUUCCUGUGCCGUGGCUCCUCACUGGUUUAUCCUCUACUUUAGUGUCAAAGUAUUAAACCUGGUUGCUGGAUUCCCAAUGAACGCCCUCGUGAUGUGGCAGAUUCUGAAGAAGAAGAGCGAGGGAUCGACGUCUGACAUCUUUAUUUUCAACCUCUCGGUCCUGGACGCAUAUUUCGGCCUCAUGACGCCGGUGGACAUGGUCAACCGGCUGUACCUCAACAAUCCCAAGAUCUGGUAUUCCCAACGCUUCGCCUACGGGCUGAAAGACGUGACUCCGUUAUUUCUCACCUGUAUUUGUCUGGACAGGUAUGUCGCCGUGGUCCAUCCCAUUUUAUUCACCGGGAUCCGUGACAAUCGCAUCCGAAUCGGCGUCUCCAUGGUGGUUUGGGGACUCAUCCUGGCCUACUCGUUGACCAAAUGCUUUUUAGGCGUCUUGAGUGUGAACGAAGUCUUCAGCGGAGUCAUCCUCGCUGCCUUCUUCCUCAUGGUGUUCUGCAACCUGUCCAUCAUCUGGGUCCUCAGGAAAAGCGUGGCAGGGAAAGAAGUCAUGAACCCGUUGAAGAAGAGAGCCUUCAAAAUGGUGUCUAUCGUCCUCGCCAUCAUCGUGGUGAACUAUCUCCCUCCGGUUGCUCUGCUGCCGUUUGCCUCCACCUACUCGUUCAAGACGCUCCACUGCAAGGUUCUUCUCGCCGUGUUCUCCAUCAUGGACUUGAGCUGCACCAUGGAGCCUUUGCUCUACAUCUCGAAGAUGGAGUGGUCCGAGUUCUGUCCCUGCCUCGAGAGUCCCUCCAAGAAACCCUUCAACAUUAGCGUCUGAAACGAACCACGGUCUGUGUGUGAUUCUAGACCGUGUAUUUGUUUAAUUCUCAACAGGUCUGUCGUGAUUGGUCACUUAAAGUAGGGAAAAACACAACAUUAAAUGCAUAUAAUGAAGCAAAACUAAG